GCGCCAAGCGAGACACUGGCGCCUUGGCGUCAUCUAUCCCUGCCUGCUGAUUGGCCUGUACCUAGGCCGUUCACAGACACCGCCCGGUUCCGGCCCUUGGCACGGCCCCUGAUUGGCCCAGCGGUCUAGGCCCUUAUCAACGUGCACCGCCUCUCACGGCUCUCACGGCCCUCUCCAGCCCUCUCCAGCCCUCUCAAGCCCUCUCAAGCCCUCCCAACUUUCUCUCAACCCACCCGCCCUCCAGGAGAUCAUCCGAUCGGCGUGGGAACCCUUUUUUUGCUGACGCUGAUAACGCCGUCUUUUCACCUCCACCCGCUAGCAGGGUACACCACUGUUGUCAACGUUGUCUACGGAGUAUCUUGGAGCUUAGCUCUCUCUCUCUCUCUCUCUCUCUUUAUUAUUUUUGUUUGUUUAUUUCCAUAUCUUCAGAUAUCCUCAGUCGCCAUGUUUCGCUGGGUCGUCAACGCAGGUCUGCUCGCCAUUCCCAUCGGAGGCACCCUCGGUGUGCUGCUGGGCAUCGAGGCCCAUCGUCAGGCUACCGGUCAGACGCCGUUGUUCAGCGGUGGUGGGAGUGGCAGUGGCAGUGGCAGUGGCAGCGGCAGCGGGAGUUCUGGCUCAGGGUCAGGAAGCACCAGCAAAAACGGUGUCGAGACUCAGUCGUACUGCCAGCUGUCGUACGGUUACGACGUGCCGACCAAGGGAGACGAAACCUUUACUCUCAAUCCUAACCAGUGGGGUGUGACCGACGAUGUCUCGGGUCUCUGUUUAUACGUCGAAACGUUCAAUAACGAAACCUACCCCGACUACACGGCGCCCGAGUUCUACGUGACAUGGAAAUACUCUCCCGGCCCCGAAACGCAGCCUGUGCAUGCCUACCCUGACAUCGAGGUUACCAGUGGCCUCCCCGCCAAGUUGUCUGCCAUCUCGGCAAUCAAUCUUGACUUCCACUGGACCUACGGUGUGGGCAACUCGACGGCCGAGAAGACUAACGAGACCGCGCUGUCCGCCGAGGAAUUCAACGCUAACGUCGCCGUCGAUAUGUUCUUUGACAGCGACUCUACCACCGCCCAGAACAGUACCACCGCCAAAUACGAAGUCAUGGUCUGGUUUGGCGAUUUUGGUUCCUCGGCGCAGCCUAUCGGUCUGUCGGACGGCUCCCUGAUGAACAAGACCAUCAACGGGACGGAUUUCGGCCUUUACAACGGGACAAACGAUGACGGCCAGUACGUCUUGACCUGGCUCGCCUCGGAGACCACGGAAAAGUUCACCGGCGACCUCUCCCCGCUGAUCACCGACCUGUCGUCGCUGAGCGGUUCCGACUACCCAACCACUUCGGACUACAUGGGCUACUUCAGUUUCGGCUCCGAGGCCUUCUCGGCCGACUCCUGGGUCACCUUCUGGGUGCCCAAGCUGAAGAUCGACAUUGCACAAUAA